AUGUACAAGACCUACAGCUGCUUGCACAGAUUACAGACAGCAUGCAAGGCCCAUUUCGCGUUGUGUUGUUUGCCGCGAAUCGGAUCAGGAGGUGAAUGUACCUUCCCAACUUUUCUUGGAUUUAUACUCGGAAAUCAAGUCAAGCUGGCGUGGUAUUCAGACGAAGACGAUGAAGGGUUGGACAGGCAGGUGUUUCUCUAUGAGAUCAACGAGAAUAUCACCUGCAAGCUAUGUAAGGGAUACCUCAUCGAUGCCACCACCAUAACAGAAUGUUUACAUACCUUUUGUAAAAGUUGUCUUGUGAAAUAUCUGGAGGAGAAUAAUACUUGUCCAACAUGCAGAAUACUUAUACAUCAAAGCCAUCCACUUACAUAUGUAGGAUUCGACCGGACGAUGCAGGACAUUGUCUACAAAUUAGUUCCAAAUCUACUUAAAAGUGAAGAAAGGAGAGAAAAGGAGUUUUACGAAUCUUUUGGUAAAACGGAGCCAGAAGAAAAAACAGAUGAAUUACAAAAUGACAUCACCAAAGACGGGGACGACGAUUACCACCGGAACGAUGAGCAAGUCAAGAUCGUCCUAGAAUGUUCCACCAACAAGCUGGGUCCACUCCGGAAAAAGUUCAUCCGUAUCUCUUCCCAGGCCACCAUCAACCACAUCAAGAAAUUUGUUGCCAAGAAAUUACAAUUAGAUAAAUUUAAUGAGCUUGAUAUCCUAUGCAAUGAAGAGAUCUUGGGCAAAGACCACACGUUAAAGUUUGUCUGUGUUACAAGAUGGCGAGCAAGGAGUUUUCCAUUAAUGCUGCAGUAUAGAUCAAGACAAGAGCUACAUGUAUGACAGCAAGCCAUUGUCUUUCCCAAAGACGAAAUUCGAUUGCUGCAAGAACUAGACCAAUUUGGGAUUGGAAAGACAAAUGCACUAUGGACUUCUUUCAGAUUAGGAUAAUGGACAUGAUGGACUAUCCUGAGAGGAUGAACAAUGACUAUUUUUAUGAAAUCUUGAGAAUACAACUAUCAAAUAGCCGAAAACCUGCCAUCUUGUGUGUAUAUGUAUAUAUGAAUAUAUUAAUUGGAUUGCGGAAGGUGUUGGAGAUGGUCACGCUCCGAACAUUGGUUGUCGGAGGACCCUGUGUUUUUUAUGUGAUUAUCAUGUUGCUUCCCCGGACCCAAGGAUUCCUCUUCCCUUUGCCGACUACUGAAGAGCCAGACUUGUCAUGCCGUUUGACUGAUUUAUGUUUCUGUGUGAGGAAAGCUGUGAAUCCUGUACUUGAUAUCCAGUCCUGCAACUUGUAUUAGAUUCCUGUGUAAUCUGCAACAGCAGCAUUCACCCCCAUUACUGAUCUUUAGAGAACCAGGAGUCUUGCAAUCUUGGAACACUUUGAUGAAGAACCCUUGUAAGACAGACUAUGAGACAAAGACAGUUCAUGGUUCCCAAACAACUACCUUCUCAUUCCGAAUUAAUGUUCCUGUUUUUGAUUCAUUGAUGCUGCAACACAUUAACAGAGGACUUCAUUUUGAUCUUACUCCCUAAACAUUUUUGUUUGUAUAGUUAUCUAGUAAUCUGGCGUUUUGCUUUCUGUUAUAAGAUGAAUAAGUCCACCAAAAUUAAUGGAAGCAGAUUCCUUUUCAAACUAAUGCAUCAGUUUACAAACUUUUUUCACUUGCGCCACAAAAACAAAGCAUAGAUGCUACUUUCCCAGGAGGCGGUGCCUUCACAUCAAAAUCUUAACCUCAGGAACUGAGAAAAAAAUUGGCUUGCCUGCAUAGCAAAGGUGAAACAUAUAUGUACAUGUAGGCCUACUAUGAUUACUUCUCAUUGCUAACCAUUCGAAACCAGUCAAAAUUGAUUGAAACUGGUUCAUACCGGUUGAUACGCAGAUCCAUCCACCCACAUCCACUUCCCAAACGCCAGCUCACUGCCACUCCUUUAAUUGCAAUAUGCUUGAGGACAUCCAUCUCUACAAAAUUCAAUGGCAUGUCUUUUGCUUUACUUUCUUAACAAAAUCUUCAUAAAAUCUUAAUACAGAGUGGAUAUUUUUAAUGUUCUUUUGCCAUAUUGUACUAAUCUCCCAAAAGUUCACAACUACCUUUAAGCUCUGCCACUGUUUGAUGCUCAAUUGGUAUCAAUAGUGUGGUGAGGGUGUCUAGAUAAUGAGAAAUAUAUUGACAAAGGUAAUAUUUGUCAUGCAUUAAGAUGUAAUUGCAAUGGAAUGACAACAUUGAAAUCGAUCCCCCCAAAGAGGUAAUAGUUUGAGAAGAGUUUAUCUUGCUUUUUUAUCAUUCAUGCCAUCUUAUCAUGAUCUUUGGGGGUAAUCCUAAUUGUUUCUCUCUAGUAUUUUCAUUGUAAAUGAUACUUCCUCCCAAAGGCUUAUAUAUAGAGAUAUUGUGUAUGUUCUAGCAAUUUCUUGCACUAUCCACUUAUUUCUUCUCAGCUUGUCAUAUUCAUAAGAUCAAGACUUCCUUAUUACAGGAUUUGACGAGUUUUUUUAUUCAUUUUAUUUCAUUUUUUACAUCAAAUACUUCUGAUAGGGAACAGAAUUUUCUUCAAGUAUCCCUGAAAAUAAAAAUCUGCACUAUUCGUAUCCAUAAUGGUUAUUGAUUAGGUAUUAGGAUCAUGUUAAAUUGAUUAAUCUCGUUGAGUGCUCAAUGGUUACUGACAAAUUGAAGAUUAAUGAUGGAUAUCAUAUUUGAUAUUAGAUUAUAAGGCGAUUCCAAUCUUAGCAAUAGAAUAAUUUCACGAAAACAGAAAAAAAAAUGGAUCAGUGAAAGUUUGAAAGAAAUCGGACAACAUACAAGUAUAGAGUUAUUGAUGUUUGCAAAUGUUUGGUCAUAAUUCAAAAACAUUCAAACAACAAACUUAAUCUGUUUUGGAAAUAUGUAGAAUUCUCCCACUACUUUAUUAUGUUUAAAUGGUCAAGUUGCAUUAAAGUGCUUCUUUAUAAAAUCAUGUGUCAUAGAACAUGAUUUCAUUCAUAUGGAAGGCCUGAUGAAGAAAGAAUUGGUAUAAAAAUCAUGUUGGAAUAGAAUCUUCAGAUUUGAAAUAUCAUGGACAAAAUGAAAUUGUAUUGUACAGACUACAUACAUGUACAUGUGUUAUGUAUUUAUCAUUAUUGACUUAUAUAUAUAAUGUACAUGUUUGUAUGUAUAUCUUGAUGAGAAGAAAAGAACUGGAAAUUGAUGGUGUAUUGUACAGCAGACAUAGUAUACGAAUUGGUGAUUUUGUCGUGGAACAUUACGGAAAAGUGAUGAUAUAGGAUCUUGACAUUUCAUGUCUUGUUAAUGGUAUACGUUUGUUUGUAGAAAAACAAACUAAAGACUUGUUUGAGAUUGCAGGACACCCUUCAUCAUUCUAGUGUACAUACAUGUAGUGACUAGAAGUGAGGCAGCAGCCCCCCACCCCCCCAGCCUCCCUCAGAUGUUGCUGAAGCAGGAGGGGGGAGGGGGGGGGAUAAAAUGCCUAAGCUGCGGACCAGUCAAAAGCUUCAUGAGUGUAAAUUGUCGGGAGUUUGUCCGCACAAGUAUAACGUGAUCCCGUACAUACUACUCACUUUGACUUUUGAAUGCACAUUCAUUAACAUCAGUGGGGUGGAUUGUCAUACCGAAACUGAAUUUGAGGAAUGAAAGAGGGGCUUUUUGUGCUUGUCACAAGGAUUUGUCUUUUUUGUCUGAACAAGCCUGAUGUGACUUUUUAUGGCUAAUUUUAGAGUUUGAU